AUGUCUGAGAAGGAGAAGGGAGACGGCGGUCGCGAGCAGUUGACGCGACGCUCGUCGUUUCGCAAACCGCUGCACGAGACCGAGCUGCCGGAGGAGUAUCUCAUACGGCUUGAAGAGAAGCGGCGGCAAUUGGACGAGUCGGUACACAAAUAUAUCGCGGCGAAAGAACGCGACUUCAAAGCUUUUAAGAAAGAGCUGUGGCAUCAGUAUAGGAAUGCGGAAGGUCAGGAUGGGUCGAAUGGCGGGCCGUCGCGACGAAGAGGCUCGCCUGAGUCCAUUCAGCAGGCUGCGUCUUGGAGGGAAUCGGGCGAAGCAGUGACAACAUCUUCGCGAAGACAGGCAGACAAAGGCGACGCAGGCGAAGAAAGCGGAGCGCACCUCGACCGCGCCGCUGUCGCAGGGUUGAAAGACCGACGCGCCAGCCUCGAGCGCGACAAAGACUUUAUAGGAGUCUUCACACCGACAUUCCUACCCGCGAUCAAUGAUCAGAACCUCGCGUCGUCGGCGCCUUCGGCAGUGACGGUCGUCGAUCGAGCUGAGAUCAAGAAGCCUAUACACCUCGAGCGCUCAAACUCGGACACCCUCGGCCAGGCGAAGCCGAAACGACCAUCACACCUUGCGCUCGCACACCGGACCUCGUCAUCUGGUUCUUCGGCCGAUGGCAAGCUUGCGUCUGCUAUGAAGUCGCCCUCGCAGCAGUCAAAGCGGAAGCGGGUGUCCUUGGCUGUGGGAGACUCGAUCGUGGCGCCUUCGGAUAAUGUCCCGGCUGUGCCGAGUAAUAGCAACACUCCUUCGCAUUCGAGACAGCGAUCGGCGGGUGGGAACAAGCAGCCCUGGACGCAAGAGCUGUCAGGUGAGACGGCGGAUGGGAAGGCGAGCAGUACAGCGUCAGGCUGGGCACAAACUCCCGCAACAAGCCAAGGGGCUUCAAGUACAGGUUCCAUGAGUACCAGCAACACACCUUCUGCUUCAGCGAAUACCUCAAACAAUGGAUCGACAAGCUCGAUUGGCCGGCAAAAUACAACGACAGCACCAAAACUAGAUCCAGACGGCGACCUGUUCGACCUCGAAGCUGUAGAAAACGUCCCCUUCGACCAACCAGAUGACCUCGAAGAAGCGCUCGAAACCGACGACUCCGAGCCCACCCAUCCAGAUCCAUUCGACCCGCCUCCUGAAUCUACCCUCGACCCCUCCACCGCCUCCAUCCCCAUCUCCCAACCAGCCCCAUCCACCCCCGCAUCCUACGUCCCCUUCGCGCCCAGCUCCGCCGUCGCCUCCCAACAACCGAUCAAUCCCGGUUUCCGCCGGCCCUCCGUCGUCGACGACCCGGUAUAUCGGGAAGGCGACUACGAGGCGGCCGAGGAGGAUGCCGUGGAGAACGAGAUUUACGGGAGUAGUUUUAAUCGGCCGGGGAAGGGGAGUUUUACGGCGGGGUCGCUUGGAGAGAGUUUCAUGGCCAAGUUUGCGGAGACGAGGGGGAAGGGGCAGGGUGUGAAGUCUUGA